AGAAACAAAGCUCGUCGUUUCAAACAGAGCAGGACUCUGAUCACUUCUCAGAGUAAAGAUAGCAGAAGCUAUGGCUGGACACAAUGAGUCAAGUGCAUCUGGGAAGAAUUUGGGCGAGGCCUCAAAUGAUGUACCAACCAGAAAUGCUGAGAGUUUGCAAAGUAACAUGAAGAUUGUCUACUACAGCCGAACAUUUAUGUCUAUCAUCAGCGGGGUCAUUGCUGGAAUUCUAGGGUUCACUGGCCUUUCUGGAUUUAUUUUGUAUUUCCUUAUUAUGGCCAUUACUUCGGUUGGACUGAUUGCCAAGGCAGGAUUUCAAGUUCAUUCGUAUUUUGACAGCUGGAACCAGAUUAUACUUGACGGCUUCCUGGGUGGGCUUUUGUCAUUUGUGCUGUUCUGGACGUUUUCUUAUGACAUUGUGCAUAUAUUCUGACGAGUAUCUGCGGCAUCUCAAACAGAAGAAGUCCUGUUUUUCUGGUGAUUAUUUUCUAUAGCGAAAGUUGAGUAAAUCUGCUCCAGGAGUAUCUGCUCCUGGUUCCUGCUAUGUAGUCUUUUGCUGCUCAUUUGGAAAUGGCGCAGAUUUUUGUAUCAAACCUUGUCAUUGUUUAGAUUUUGUCCACUUAUAUCUUUCCCCAUGAAUACUGUUUGGCUGAAAGGUUACAUUUUUAGGCUUGAUAAUAGUACUGAACUCUUCUGUUUAGAUAAAUGUUUAUGGAAGCUACUAUUUGAUUAC